GGCGAUCCGCAAGUCGCAACAAUGGGAAUAACCAGUUCAACCCAGAAAGAUGACCAACCGACGACCACCACCACCAAAAAACAGAUCUUCAUCUUAUCCGGUCAGAGCAACAUGGCUGGUCGCGGCGGUGUUAAGAACAAGCAUUGGGACGGUAUCGUCCCACGCGAUUGCCAACCCGAUCCCUCCAUAAUCCACCGCUUAAAUGCUAACCUAAUCUGGGAAACCGCCCAGGAGCCACUCCACGCCGACAUCGACACAAAGAAGAUCUGCGGUGUUGGCCCUGGGAUGUCGUUCGCUAACGCCGUGAAGGAUUACAUCAAUGGAGUAAUAGAUCUCGUGCCGUGUGCGGUAGGUGGAACCGCCAUCAAGGAAUGGGGCAAAGGGGAAAAACUGUAUGAGGAUAUGGUGAGGAGGGCUAAAUCAGCGGCGAGCAGUGGUGGAGAGAUCAAAGCGAUGCUUUGGUACCAAGGAGAGAGCGAUACAUCGUCUAAAAACGUUGCUGAAUCUUAUAAAACUAAUAUGGAAACUCUGAUCCACAAUGUUCGUUCAGAUCUAGGACUACCAUCACUGCCAAUCAUUCAGGUUGCGAUUGCAUCUGGUGAUGCGAAAUACAUGGAGGUAGUAAGAGAAGCACAAAAAGCAAUUGAUCUACCAAAUGUGGUGUGUGUGGAUGCCAAAGGAUUGGAGCUGAAAGAAGAUAACCUCCAUUUAACGACGGAGUCUCAGGUUCAACUUGGACACAUGUUGGCCGAUGCAUAUCUCGCCCAUUUCGGAUAGGCGGCAACUCCUCCGGCCGCCGCUGCUACUUCACCGGCGGGAGCUUGUGUGUUGACUUUCUGCUACAGGUAAUAUAAUGCUACCAUGGGGUUCCAGUGUUCCACUAUCGGAUAAUACCGGUUCUAUUUGUAUUAUGGUUCAUUGAAUUUCUUCUUCUUUUUUUUGUAAAACUUUCAAAAAUAUUUAUUAAUUACAUGAUAAAAUAUGUCAACUUU